UCAACAGUUUCCUGCCAACGUCCCGUUACGACACACCGUUACGUUAUUCCAAUCAGGACACGGGAUAGCGAUUGGAGCGUCGGGAAUCGGUCUUUAAAUAGGAUUUAAUGCAACCACCUGCAACCGUUAAUCCAGGGAUAUUCGGGUAAUAGUCCCCUGCAGGUCCUUCACCGUUAUCGGUCGGACUUAACCGUUAUUUCGUUGUUUGUUUUAGUGCGACUUCAUUUUUUUUCGCGAGUGUGUUCUUCGGUUAUAUAAGUGAGAAUUUCUUGGGCCACAAAAAAAGAUUACAAUCAAAGGCAAUCAACGCGAUAUUCCCCGCCAUUGAAACAGGCCAAGAAAAAAUAGCGGCACUGCGAUGGCGUCUACUACUAAUGCACCGUUAUCACCUGCAAUUAAGCACUAACAAAAGCACCAAACCACAGUAAAAGCCACAAUAAAAUCCAGAAAUCAGCUAAACCAAAACUAAAAACACAGCCACAAGGGGUUAAAAUGCGAUUUAUUUAGCCAACCAGAAAAGUAUGCUACGAAAAAUGUCCAGUGAAUUGGUAGUUACCUGAACGCAACACCAGGUGGCGCCGAGGAAAGUACAAGCAGAGCAAAAGUUUGGUGAAACGGAAACGGAAGUGAUAUAGAGCACACUAGGCACCCACACAGGCACACACACAAAACCCACACAGCACCCACACGCACACAUAUAAAAGUUUGUAAUAAGUCGAAAUAAUAAUAAAACGCAAUCAUGGCCAACACAGCUCAGUUAUUGCGCCGCCAAAGCUCCCGGGAUAUAGUGCUGAAAAGCCAGAAGAGCAUCGAUCAGUUGGAAUUGAGGGAGCUGCGAGGUCGCCUGGUGACGAAGGAGCAUGGCGUCAGCCACCACCACCACACAUCGCUGCACCACCACCAGCCGCUCUAUGGGGCCACCAACCAGGGCUUCAUGUCCGACGCCUUCGACGAGUCCUCGGAACUGGAGCAGGACCCGCCGCCCUUCGGAUCGGAGGCGAGCACCUCCAAGGCCAAGGCCGAACUGGUGGCCAACGCGGAUCAGCAGGACAUCGUCGAGGGCGAGAAGGAGGGCGAGGAGCGGGAGAGCUGGGACAGCAAGAUCAUGUUCCUGCUGGCCACCAUUGGCUAUGCCGUUGGCCUGGGAAAUGUUUGGCGUUUUCCCUACUUGGCCCAGAAGAACGGCGGAGGGGCCUUCCUGGUGCCCUACUUCAUAAUGCUGUGCAUCCAGGGCAUACCGAUCUUCUACCUGGAACUGGCCAUUGGCCAGCGACUGCGAAAGGGAGCCAUCGGCGUUUGGAGCCAGGUGUCGCCGUACCUGGGCGGCAUCGGUAUCUCCUCGGCGGUGGUCAGCUAUAUAGUGGCUCUGUACUACAACACCAUUAUCGCCUGGUGUCUGAUCUAUCUGCUGCACAGCUUCGAAUCGCCACUGCCCUGGGCGGACUGCCCGACGAGGCUGUACAAGAACUUUACCUACGAUCAUGAGCCGGAGUGUGUGGCCUCAUCGCCGACGCAAUUCUACUGGUACCGCACCACACUGCAGUGUUCGGAGAGUGUGGAUCUGCCGGAGAACUUCAAUUACCACAUGGCCAUUGCGCUGAUCGUCUCCUGGUUCUUGGUCUACAUCUGCAUGGUCCAGGGCAUCACGUCGUCGGGCAAAAUCGUCUACAUGACCGCCAUUUUUCCCUAUGUGGUGCUCAUAAUAUUCUUUUUCCGGGGCAUUACCCUAAAGGGAGCGGCCGAUGGGGUGGCCCACUUGUUCACCCCUCGAUGGGAGACCCUCUUGGAUCCAGUCGUUUGGCUGGAGGCCGGCACACAGAUCUUCUUCUCGCUGGGAUUGGCCUUCGGCGGUCUGAUAGCCUUCAGUUCUUACAAUCCGGCCAAUAAUAAUUGCUACAGGGACGCCAUACUUGUGUCGCUGACGAAUUGUGGGACCUCCAUGUUCGCCGGGGUGGUGGUCUUCUCGGUCAUCGGGUUCAAGGCCACGGCGACCUUUGAUCGCUGCACCGAGGAGCGGAAUGGGUUGAUGGCCCAGAACAGGACGCACAACCUGCCCGUCUGCGAUCUGGAAAGGGAACUGGCCAAUAGUGCCUCGGGUACGGGAUUGGCCUUCAUUAUCUUCACGGAGGCCAUAAAUCAGUUUCCGGGGGCCCAACUCUGGGCCGUCCUCUUCUUUCUGAUGCUCUUCACUCUGGGAAUCGACUCGCAGUUCGGAACUCUGGAGGGCGUGGUCACCUCGCUGGUGGACAUGAAGCUAUUUCCCAAUCUGCCCAAGGAAUAUAUUGUGGGGGGCCUCUGCUUCUCCUGCUGCCUGAUUUCCAUGUGCUUUGCAAAUGGAGCUGGGAGUUAUAUAUUCCAAUUGAUGGACAGUUUCGCCGGCAAUUUCCCGCUGCUGAUCAUCGCACUUUUCGAGUGCCUAUCGAUCAGCUAUAUCUACGGGGUGCGCCGAUUCUCGGACGAUAUAGAGAUGAUGACCGGAUCGCGGCCGAGCUUCUACUGGAUGUUCUGCUGGAAGUACCUGUCGCCCUGUGCGAUGGUCACCAUCCUGCUGGCCUCCUUUUACCAACUGCUGACCGAGGGCAGUAGCUAUCCGGCCUGGAUUGGAGCCAAGGGCGCCUCCGAGUCCAUGGAAUGGCCCCACUGGUGCAUCGUCGUGGCCUUCUUCCUCAUCCUCUCGUCUAUCCUGUGGAUCCCGAUUGUGGCGGUGUUGCGUCUGUGUGGCAUCAAGGUGGUGGAGGACUCGGAUCCCGCCUGGUUCCCCGAGGCCGAGCUCAGGGAAGUCCACGGCAUCGUGCCCCACGAACCAACCGAAUUGGAGCGCAGCAUUUUCUGCUUCAACAUGGAUGGAACGGAGGGUAUGUGCUGCCCAAAGUACGGACUACCCGAAAAGUCUCUUGAGGAGGAGGAGUAGGGUCCCAGGGAGUCCCUGAAAGUAAAAUAGACAACAACGACAAUAAAUGAAUCCGAAACCGAAUCCAAACCGAAAUAGAAACGGGUGAAAUAUAUGAUGAUUCUCGAUGUAAAUAUGGACAAUAACUAAGCAUAACUCACCGAUGUUAGGCGGCGUCGAUAUCAACACUCCUAUAUAUGGUCCCAAAGACUGUUUGAAGAUAAUACAAAACCAAAAACAAGCCAUACUAAUAAUGCAAAGCAGCCACAACCAGGAAAAUAGGAAAAUAGCAAUACUAGGUAAAAACUCGACGCUGGAUGCGCGGUUUCAUUCAAGCAGAAAGCUAUAGAAAAGCAUUAAAAAAAUUCAACGGCCGAAAUCAAUGGAAAUAUUUCCGCAUAACUUCAUUAGCAUGUGGCCAUAUAAGUGUUUAUAUAUAGGUACGCGAUUAUUAUUUUCCAUUGCCUUUUCUCAUUCGCGUUUCUUUUUCGAAAAGGGCAGAGAGAGCGUAGAGUUGUUACUUGGCCACCCUUAUAGGGUCUACAUAUCCGAUUUCGCUAUCAUACAAAGAGAAACCACAACUUGCUGACUAUAUACGAUAUAUACGAUAACUAUAUAUGAUAACUACGCUGUAUUCUAGACUUAAUUGUUUAAUUUGACCAUAUCAUGCGAGCAUGGGGCACCACCUAUAAGAGAUAUAUAACUAUAUAGUAACUAUACCUACCACAGUUCAUUCUCUGUUGUGAUCAGCUCGGCUUUCUGUGUUUACUGUUGUUAAUCGAGGAUAAUGUUGCUCGUGCAGGCGAAAUCGAAAUCACGAAAUCAUAUCACAUCCACAACCAUGCUUAAGGGCUAAAAUAAAAACACAACUUUAAUGUCUAAAUGUUAUAGAGAAAAAUAGGAGGGAAGAUAUAUUGGAAAUGCGUUAUGUUUUGCCCAAUCGAAAGUUAUACGAUAAAAAUUGCUUGUUAAUAACCAAAGAUCAAGGUACUACACUUCCACUCCACUCCAUUGUACUUAUGAUACGUAAUGAUAGGGGGUAUAUCCGUAGUUAUAUAUUUACAUUAAACUCAACAUUAACAAAUCGCAAACGCAACCGUUCAAAUAGGUGGAAAAGGAAUACUAUAUAGAUAUACAUAUACAUAACUGGAAAAGGCAGCAUAAGGUUUAUCGACCCACGAUAUCAUCGCAUUGAAGAACUAUUAUUAUACAACUAAACGGAUAUAUAUAUACAUAUAUUUAUGUGUGUUGAAAUUCAGCUAAUGGGUGUGUGAAUUCGUUUUAAACCAUCAGAUUGGGUUUACUUUUCUGAAAACAUGGACACUACUUGACCAUUUUUAAAAUCGAGCAGAAAGAUCUCCUUAAAAUCAAUUCACUCCCCCAAAUAGCAAAUAAUUUCACUGUAUUAUAAAUUUUACAUUUCUUUAUGGUAUAUUUAUACAUAUACAUCGAUAUAUUAUAUACAUCUAUUUAAAAUGAAAGGAAAACAGAUAUAUUAUACAUGUAUUAAGUGUUAUUGAUGUUGACAAUAAAGAAACCCCUACGAAACCAGUUUUUAACCCGAACGAAACAGAUGAGAUAUAUAGACAACCUUCUACUACCCAAAAUACACAGACACAACCCACAGAUUGCAAAAAUCCAAAUGAAGUAUGAUAAAAAGCAUAAAUAUAUUUACGGCAAAGCAAUAAUUAUACAAAUACCAGAAGAGAUUCGAUUAUAAUUAUUGUAUUCUUAUCAUAAUUUUGCUCCCUCUUAAGAUCUCGUAAUUGUUGUAAAAUUCACUCAUUCGUACUGAUCACAUGAAAUGAUGAUAAAGUUAAUACCACGUAUCAUAAUUUACUAAUGUUAAAUUCGCAACCGAUAAAUAAUACAAAAAAUUACCACUAAAUGACAAUAAACAAUAAAAAACUAAA